CUUUCUGUGUAAGGGGGGGGGGGGUGAACAUGGAGGCUCACACAGCCCAGGCAUUGAGACAAGCAGAGGAAUCUGGCAAAAUCGGCUGCAGGCAACGUUACCUUCCCUGCCACUAGAAGACAAGAGCCAUACAAACACACAGGAAUAACACUCACUCACUCACACACCCCCCACCCCCCUCCUCCCUUCCUCGGCUGCAGGAACUCCACCACCACCACCAAUGCCUGGCAGACAUUUUGGGCCUAGCUUGCAUCUGUGGACUGCACUCUUUCCUGGGUGGUGGUGGGGAAGCCUCUGCUGGCCCUUAAGGUGGCACAUUGCUGGCUAAACGCCGCCGACGGUUUAUUAUCAUUAUUCUUUUUCGUUGCUUUAUUUUUGUUGCUUUUUUUUCUGUACUGGGAAUCUAUGCUUCAUCACUGUGGCCCCGAACACAACUAGUAUGGAUGUCAAACUUUUGGCAGAGGAAGAAGUGAAGACUGAGCAGGAGGUGGUGGAGGGCAUGGAUGUCACAACUCGAUCUAAAGGUCCAGCUGUGGCAUAUCCAGAAGGAUUACCCCCAGAACAUGCAGACGGCCCGCCGUCCGCCCCCGGCUCUGCCGAGCGUCCAGGACAGAAGAGGAAGCUUCCCAGUCCGCAGCAUUCAUCCAAUGGACACUCCCCUCCGGACGCCUCCGCCAGCCCCAGUAAAAAGAAAAAGAAGCCGGGAAUGUUGAACAGUCACAAUAAGGACCAGUCAGAGCUAAGACAUGGUCCGUUUUACUAUAUGAAGCAGCCACUCACCACAGACCCUGUUGAUGUUGUACCGCAGGACGGGCGCAAUGACUUCUACUGCUGGGUUUGUCACCGAGAAGGUCAAGUUCUAUGCUGUGAGCUCUGCCCAAGAGUUUAUCACGCUAAGUGUCUGAAACUGAACGCUGAGCCUGAGGGCGACUGGUUUUGUCCUGAAUGUGAGAAAAUUACGGUAGCAGAAUGUAUAGAGACGCAGAGUAAAGCGAUGACCAUGCUGACUAUAGAACAGCUCUCUUACUUGCUAAAAUUUGCACUACAGAAGAUGAAGCAGCCAGGGACGGAGCCCUUCCAGAAGCCGGUUUCGCUGGAGCAACAUCCCGAUUACGCAGAAUAUAUAUUUAAUCCUAUGGAUCUCAGUACACAAGAAAAAAAUGUUAAAAAGAAAAUGUACGGUUGCACCGAAGCAUUCCUGGCAGAAGCCAAAUGGAUUUUACACAACUGCAUUAUUUACAACGGAGGAAAUCACAAGCUGACGCAGACGGCGAAAGUUCUAAUCAAGAUAUGUGAGCAUGAGAUGAAUGAGAUCGAAGUUUGUCCCGAAUGUUAUUUAGCUGCUUGCCAAAAAAGAGAGAACUGGUUUUGUGAGCCCUGUAGUAAUCCACAUCCCUUGGUCUGGGCAAAAUUAAAAGGAUUCCCAUUCUGGCCAGCAAAGGCCCUGCGAGACAAGGAUGGACAGGUGGACGCACGCUUCUUCGGACAGCACGACAGGGCCUGGGUCCCCAUGAAUAACUGCUACCUCAUGUCCAAAGAAAUCCCCUUCUCUGUUAAAAAGACAAAAAGCAUCUUUAACAGCGCCAUGCAGGAGAUGGAGGUCUACGUGGAGAACAUUCGCAAGCGUUUCGGCGUUUUUAACUACGCCCCCUUCCGGACGCCUUACACGCCCAACAACCAAUACCAAAUGCUGCUGGACACCAGUAACCCCGGCGCCGGCACCGUCAAAACCGAGAAGACGGAGAAGAUCAAGCUGAACUUCGACAUGACGGCCUCGCCGAAGAUCCUGAUGAGCAAGCCCAUGCUGAACAGCGGCGGCGGGGGCCGGCGGAUCUCGUUGACGGACAUGCCGCGCUCGCCGAUGAGCACCAACUCCUCCGUGCACACGGGCUCUGACGUAGAAGCGGACGCCGAUAAGAAAGUGGCGUCCAGUCACUUCAGCGCUAGCGAGGAGUCCAUGGACUUUAUUGACAGGAGCACAGCUUCUCCUGUUUCUACAAAAACGGGGCAUGGAGGGAGCAUCACGGACAGCCCGAAGCCUUUCUCCCCUCAAUCUUCCACCCCGUUACCGGCAAAACCGGACAGGAGCGGCAGCACCGGCAGCAUUCUCAACCUCAACCUCGAUCGUAGUAAGGCGGAGAUGGACUUGAAGGAGCUCAGCGAGUCGGUUCUUCAGCAGUCAACACCCACGUCCCUCAUUUCUCCCAAGAGGCAAAUUCGCAGCCGGUUUCAGCUGAACCUCGACAAGACCAUUGAAAGCUGUAAAGCUCAAUUAGGAAUUAAUGAGAUUCCGGAAGACGCCUACGCCGCAGCGGAACACAGCGACUCCGAGGAGUCAGAGAAGACGGAUUCCAGCGACAGCGAGUAUAUCAGUGAUGAGGAGAAGCCAAAGAUUGAGCGGAAUGUAGAUGUCAAAGAGAGUAUAAAAGUUGAAAAGGUAGCGGUUUCCCCUUCUACAUCGACAAAGAAGAAGGCCAAACCCGCCGGCGCGGCAGAGGUGAAAGUUAACAGCAAAAGUACUCCCGUGGCGGCAGAGAAGGGGGAGGUGGUGGGGAAGGAAAAAACAGCCCCUGCCGCGGAGAAAGACGCUCAUGAUAAAGGAAAAACGCACUCCGCUAAGGACAAACUAAAAGGGAAAGACGAUACUGACUCGCCAACGGUACGCCUUGGCCUGGACUCGGAUUCCGAGAACGAACUUGUCAUAGACCUUGGGGAGGAUCACUCGGGGCGGGAAGGACGCAAGUCUAAGAAAGAGGCUAAGGAACCGCCAGCAAAGCACCCAGAAAGUAAGGCCUCCUCCGCUAACAGCAGCAGCAGCCAGCCGGCCGUAGACACCCCGAUCCUGACGCGUUCUGCAGCCCAGGCCGCCCCCGCAGUCGGAGUGACGGUGACCACCAACGCAGCAGCCUCUGCCGCCUCUCCGGCCGCAGCCACGGGGAGCCCGGUAAAGAAACAGAGACCCCUCCUGCCCAAAGAGACCGUACCCACGGCGCCCAAGGUGGUAUGGAACCAGUCCAGCAAGUUCCAGACCUCGUCGCAGAAAUGGCACAUGCAGAAGGUGCAAAGGCAGCAGCAGCAGACGACGACGGCGACAACGACACCGACAACGACACCGACGACGACACCAACGACAACAACCCAGCCCAGCACCCCGACUACCCCGAGCACCCCGACUCCCCCGAGCACCGCAGCGCCGCCCCAGUCUCCGCAAGGCACGAGAUACCAAACGCGGCAGGCUGUUAAAGCCGUGCAGCAGAAGGAAGUCACGCUCACCACAACUACGUCCACCAUAACGCUGGUGACCAGCGCCCCGCCACUGGCCAUGGUGACCAGCCCGGCGCAAUCCCUGAGCUCCUCCAUCACCAGUGACCUGCCCAUCCCCACAGCCUCCGCCGACGUGGCCGCCGACAUCGCCAAAUACACCAGUAAGAUGAUGGAGGCCAUUAAAGGCACGAUGACAGAAAUCUACAAUGACUUGUCCAAAAACACAACGGGAAGCACCAUAGCCGAGAUUCGCCGAUUAAGAAUCGAGAUUGACAAACUGCAGUGGCUUCAUCAGCAGGAGCUCUCAGAAAUGAAGCAUAACCUGGAACUCACCAUGGCUGAGAUGAGGCAGAGUCUGGAGCAGGAGAGGGACCGGCUCAUAGCGGAAGUCAAGAAGCAAACGGAGCUGGAGAAACAGCAGGCGGUGGACGAGACGAAGAAGAAACAGUGGUGUGCCAACUGCAAGAAGGAAGCCAUCUUCUACUGCUGCUGGAACACGAGCUACUGCGACUAUCCCUGCCAGCAAGCCCACUGGCCGGAGCACAUGAAGUCCUGCACACAGUCAGCCACGGUGACGCAGCAAGAAGCGGAGCCCGAGCUCGACAAAUCGGCGCCGGCCGCAGCCAGCACCCAACCUCCUCCCGCCGAAACCGCCGCCACGCCCAAAGAGAAGGAGAGCGCCACCGACAAGAGCAAAGAGAGUGUCACUAUAGCAACAGGUGUGACAAGCAGCCAGCCCAUAAAACUGGUCCACGUGCCUCAGACCACGGCCUUUGUCCCAACUACUCAACCCACGAUUACCAUCCCUGUGGUAGUGAGUCCGAACGCCGGGACUGUGGCCGUGAGGGCAGGCGUCCAAUACGUGCAGACCACCGUGCCAGUACAAGUGAGGAGAGUGUGAAAGACGGUACCGGGAAGAAAACAAAACAAAAAAAAAAAAAAAGACAGCGGCACCCCGAGAGCAGCAUUAAUGAACGGAGCCUGAUAAAGGAGGAGAAGAACACUACAUUGCCUGUGGACCUUCCCGAGGACCUGACAACCCUACCGAGGACCUGACAACCCUACCGGAGCGGGCUCGCCUUUUUUCUUUCUGUACAUAGUGUACAAUUUGUGGAUGUGAUUAGAGUACCGCCAUUUUUUUAUAUUUCUAUUCACUUUAACUUAUGAAUUUUGUCUCCGGAGUGACAAACCAUGCCACCAAAGCCCCCCCCCCACAAUCCCUCAUCCGGUCAUGGGGCAUGCACUCCUUACCCCACGUUCGGAGGAAUUGUAGACCUUCCUUCCAAGCUGGGAAGAAUGAAUGAACAGAGCGCUUUGAUGUACAAAAACAGACUACAUGGAACAGUUUACAUUUUACCUCUCAUUCAAUUCCCAACAACAAAUAUUAUAUUAUAUAGAAGAACUACAAUAAAAAAAAAUAUGAAAUAAAAAACACGGCCAAUGAGGAAAAAAGUUCUAACUGUCCUAGUCGAAAAUGAAAUCUCCUUUCUUCGUGACGAUUGACCUGCGGCAGAGAAAAUAGAAGAACUCUAAAAUCGAAAGAACCGCAAACAAUAAGGCAGUAAAAAAAAGUUUUUUUUUUUUUUUAUUCUGCGCAUGAAUUGAACGACAAAAAAAAAAGCGUAACGCGCUGUAGUUAAAACUUUAUACGUCUGUAAAAUGCAAAAAAAAGGACGCGGCUCGGUUCGAUGUAUGUAUAUGCGACAGUUCACUGUAAGAUAGCAUUCCAGCACAGUUUUGUUGUACAUUUUUAGUCCAGUCAGUUCUCACUGUUGUUCAUAAAAAAAA